AUGAAUAAAAGAAAACUAAAUAUUCUUAAUAGCUUUAUGAAUAAUGAAGUAAAGAGAAAUUAUGAUUUUGGACCCGAUAGUUCUUCACGUUUAAUGGUUGUAAUUGCUAUUUUACAAUAUUUAGCUUUAAUAUCAUUUAUUUUCAGUGUUGUCUGCCUCUUUGGAACAAUUAUUCAAAAACGAUCUAGAUAUUGGGUUCAACAAAAUUUAAUAUCUUCUCUCCUACUUUAUGCUUUCCAUUUGGUGUCAUUAUUCACAUUCAUCAAUAUUAAAGAUAGAGUUCAGGGUUAUAAUCUAUGUAUUUUAUUGAAUUGUAAUGGAUUUUCCGGAAAAAAUUUAAGUGGAGAAUGGGGAACAGAACUUGGCUUUAAUGCAUGUCUAGUUGCUACAGGUUUAUCUUUCUUCAAUUUUAUGUUAAAUUUAAUUAGAGAUUUGUAUUUACUAAGAACAAUGAAACUACCAAUGGCAAUUCAACUUAUAAGACUUCCAACACAAGAACAAGAAGUUAUAGUAAUUCCUCCAGGUACUUUAGAAAAUCAAGCUGUACAUCUUCAAUAUACUUCCAACCCAAACAUUGUUGUUCCUAUAUCAACUCCAAUAGAUACCAAACUAUUGUAUAGGAUUGUACCAAUUUCAACACCCAAUCAAUAUAGAUCUAAAAAUAUUCUCAAACUAUUCAAUCCUGAAAAAGAAGAAAAAGAACAUUUUGUCAACAAUGACAGCCUACCACGUCAAGAUGUAAUAAUACCACAAAACUUGGUAAUUGAUUAUAAUCAACUAUAUUUCUUUAUAGAACAAGAUGUACCCAUUAUUGGACAAUAUGGUUUCACAACACAUUUUGUUAAGAAAUUUAUACUAAAUCCCCAACAACAUUAA